UGCAAGAUCUUGCAAUAGCCACAGGCUAGUUGGGUAACCUUGGCUGUGCGUUCUGACCAACCAAACCAAUAAAUGAAUAUUGAAUAAAUGAAACAACUAUGUCCAGAACCGGCGCUAUCGAGCGUAAUCCGAAAUAUAGCAUUACUUUUCCUCUGUCUAAGACGUUUAGAGUGUUUGUAAAAUGUUGAAUGAAUGUCUGUUCCGUUUCCAGCUGCAGUACCAUGUAUGUCCGCAGGAUGUCGGCCCGGCUGGUCCGGUCUAAGGCACAACUCCUCAAGUCGGUCAGCCUUGGGGUAGGACUCGCACUGGGGUUCAUCAUCUGGGUAAACCUGAUACUGGUCUCAUCACGGAGUUCUCUCUGGACCGCUUGUGAGGACCUGGAUGUAUCAAAUGUUAUUGAAUCCCUCCCUAGUGUCUCCCCGGGGAGAGAUACUCUUGUCUAUGUCGGGGUGAUGACGGCAAAGAAGCACCUCGACAACCGAGUUGUCGCCGCUCAGGAAACUUGGGUACGAUACCUCCCGGGGAAGGUGGAGUUCUUCUCGUCCGCAGACUCCGCAGACGCGGCCCCUAAUGGGGUCCCAGUCGUGGCUCUCAAAGGGGUUACCGACGCCUAUCCGCCCAUGAAGAAAUCUUUCCUCAUGCUGAAGUACAUGUAUGAUCAUUACGUGGACAAAUUUGAUUGGUUCAUUCGCGCCGAUGACGAUGUGUACAUCAAAGGCGGCCGCCUGGGGCGGUUCCUGCGCAGCGUGGACGCGAGCCGGCCGCUGGCCAUCGGGCAGCCGGGAUUCGGGCGGCCCGAGGACCGGGCGGCGAUGCGGUUCGAGGCGCGGCAGAACUACUGCAUGGGCGGGACGGGGGUGGUGUUCAGCCGCGAGACGCUGCGGCAGGUCGGCCCGCACAUCCGCUGGUGCCUCAACAACCUCUACUCCGUACACGACGACGUCGAGUUCGGCAGGUGUUUCUAUAACGUCGCCAACGUCACCUGUAGCCGAGCCCAUGACUGCCAGGACAUUUUCCUGAACAACUACGAGGGUUACAAGGAGGGAAACAUCGGAGACUUUGAGAGACCGGCAGUCCGACGCGCCAUGACCCUGCACCCGAACAAACUCCCCGAGCACCAGUACAGGUUCCAGAUGUACCUCCUGUCACAGCGCAUGCGUGAGGCUCGGCACAGAACUCUCCUCCUUUCUCGCGAGAUCCAUCACGUGACCGCGCUGUUGUCGGGAGAUCAGGACGACAGUUCGGAGUCGAGGAGAUCUCGGAGUUUACUCCUCACAAAUGUUCCGGAGAAUGCCUCUCAUUGGGAUUACUUCAAGGUCAAGCACGUUUUCAAGGUCAAUGGGAAUCUGAGAUACAAUAUAUCCGAUGAAAUGAAGGCCGGUCUGCGUGACGUCCUAGCUCAGCACACGGAGAACUUGAACCCUGACCGGUGGAAAACCGCCACCUCCAUCCGGGCUCUGAAGGCCGGUUACAGGCGCGUCAUACCGAGGCUGGGGGUGCAGUACGUGCUGGACCUGCGCAUGCGCCGGGAGAGGCGGGACACCAGGCGUCACGUGAUGCUACAGCAGACGUUUCUUAGGCCAGAGUUUACGGAGCUGCACCAUUAAAUGAAAUAGGGAAAUAGGUUUUGUACAACAUUAUACAGUUUAUUUCGCUCUUCGCUAUACAAUCUACAUUCUAUUACAAAAUAACAUUCAUCCUCUAUUCUAUUUAAAUUACAAAAAAUACAUAAUCUACACACUACCUUGUAAAAUAUACCUAAUGUAAACGACUGACUGAAUGACUGAAUGACUGACUGAUCUUGUAAAAUAGAUACAGACAAGAGAUAAAGACACGUCGAUGUAGGUUAGACAUCCAGGUAAUAAGAUACGACAAAAAGUAGUGACUCAAGCCACUGGAUAUGGUUUUGGAAACGGUCAGACGUUUCGGAUAGAAUCCAAUAUCCUUCGUCAGUGACACUGAGAUGUUUGUCAAAAUAUCAAGGUGGAAAUUAUCUCAGGAAUACUGGACAUUGACUUCUCGUAGUGUAUACUACAAAAAUACAAUUUAGAAUCUAUUCGAAAUUUUGACCGUCACAAUUCAUGCUAGUACACAUUGUGAAGUAACGUCCAGCUUAAAACUUUUUCGUCAAUCAUUAUACUGAAGACAAUAAAUCAAGUCAGAAGCCCCCCCCCCCGCUUCAGUAAGCCGUCAAGGUUGACUCAUCGAACCAAACAACGAUUUUCUCCCAUUAAACAGCUAUCAGCCCUGACCUUUGACCCUGCGUGUGUACCAAUACCAGCUGCGCGGGGAUCACACGUCAUCAAAUACCGCUGGUGACGUCACGUUGCCAGGUGCACCAGAAAUUAUUACAGAGGAGUGAAAAAUGUAGCGAAUUAUUUUUGACCAGGUGCUACGGGUUUGACAGGUGAUUAUAGAAGGCUAAUCACUUUCACCGCGGCGGACUUUGAUCGGACAGGACAAUGGGUAUCCAUGGUAACGGGUUGUUCACGCCCCACACGGUUGUUUACACUCGUUACCUUGACAACAACAAGAAAAGUAGUGUUGGCG